CAUGUCUACAUUUAUUUCCUAGUUUCUAAAGAUCCAAGUGGAUGUCAACGACAGCUCGUUCAUUGAUGGAGAGAAUGGAGUGAUAUCCGUCCUUUUACAGUAUAUCCGUCUGUAAUACCAGCAUUUUUUUAACCGAGUUUACAGUACUUCCGGGUGUACAGGCGCUCGCUCUGAACACGAAAAUUUUUUACAUUAGAGACACGCGAAACACAUUAAGAAUCGGAUUUAGUUUGUUACAGUGACUGAAAUUUGUUACAUUUUCACCCGUUUGGUGCACAGAAAAGCAAGUCAAGAGAAGAACGCAAAAGGAGCAAAGAAACUGUUCAGCCGAGUGAUAGCAGCUUUUGACAAUUAAUUGUAAUCACAAAUGUCGACAUGAGGCUAAUAUUUUUGUUUCUAUUCACUCGAUUUCUAACUAAUUGUUGGACAAAACCGCCUGCGGAUGUUGAAGACCGUGAACAUGACACCCUCAGCGUAAUGCUGACAGACUUUGAAGUCUUACCUAUCGCCAACCUCCAGACCCACUCAGUCAGAAAGCGGGACAUCCAGACACACACCCAUGUUGAAAAACUGCUGAGUUUCACAGCCUUGCAGAGACAUUUCAAGCUGUACCUGAGGACAAACACAGAGCUGUUUACAGAUGACUUCAGGGCAGUGUUUGUGAACGAGGACGGUAGAGAGGAGAGGUAUGAUGUCAACAGACAGAACUACUUUACCGGACACGUCAUUGGAGAGGAGAACUCUCGAGUGCAGGCACACAUUGAUGAUGGUGAAUUCUCUGCACACAUCCUCAUUGACGAGACAGAGUACAACAUAGAGCCCCUGUGGCGCUUCACAGGGACGCCCCCCGAUGGUCGUUUGCUGGUAUACCGCUCUGAGGACAUUAGGAACAUCAGCCGCCUGGCCUCGCCCAACGUCUGUGGCUACGUAAAUGCAAACUCCAACGACCUACUUCCUGAGAGCAUCAUCUCCAGCCUACCGUUGGAAGAGGAGAAAAGCCAGGGAAAGGAGUCUGCGGUCAGAGAGAAGCGUUAUGUUCAUGACCACAAGAAGAACACCUGCCCUUUGCUUCUGGUGGCGGACCACCGAUUCUUCAAGCACAUGGGCCGCAACGAGGAGAGCACUACCUUAAACUACCUGAUUGAGCUGAUCGAUCGUGUGGACGACAUCUACAGGAACACGUCAUGGGAUGACGAGUUCAAAGGUUAUGGGGUCCAGAUCCAACAGAUCAUCAUUGAGAAGAGCCCCACCUCUGUGCAACCUGGGGCUGCCCACUUCAAUAUGGUGGGCAGUCCAGUGGAGGGAGAGGAUGUAUGGGAUGUGAAGAUGCUCCUUGAGCAAUUCAGCGUAGACAUCGCUGAACAUGCACCCAAAGUGUGUCUGGCUCACCUGUUCACUUACCAGGACUUUGAGGGUGGGACCCUGGGCCUGGCAUACGUGGCCCCCUCCAGACCAGGCGUUCCUGGUGGGCUCUGCUCAGAGAGAUUCGUUUCUCCACCUCUAGAGUGUCCAUCAUCGGCAACGGAGCCCAGAUCAAUCUACCUCAACACGGGGCUAACCAGCACUAUGAAUUAUGGGAAGACGAUUCUCACCAAGGAGGCAGACCUGGUGACCACCCACGAGCUAGGCCAUAACUUUGGGGCGGAGCACGACCCAGAUAACAUCCCCUACUGCGCCCCCAGGGAGGAUCAGGGGGGCAAAUACAUCAUGUACCCCAUCGCUGUGAGUGGGGACCACUCUAACAACAAGCUGUUCUCUAACUGCAGUAAGAGCUCCAUCGUGAAGCGUCUGAGGGCCAAGGCCCCCGUGUGUUUCCGGGAGAGGAACAUUAACGUGUGUGGGAACUCUCGGGUGGAGGAGGGGGAGGAGUGUGACCCGGGGCUGCUGCACAUCAACAACGACCGCUGCUGCACAUCUGAGUGUAAGCUCCGAGGCAAGGCCAAGUGCAGUGAUAGAAACGAUGCGUGCUGUAAAGAUUGCCAGUAUGAAGUGAAGGGUAAGGUGUGCCAGCAGCCCAUCAAUGCCACUUGCAAGGGAAAGGCCUACUGUACAGGAAACAGUAGCGAGUGUCCGUCCCCUGAGAAUGCUGCUGACCAGACGGUGUGUCUGGACAAUGGCGAGUGUCUAGACGGAGUGUGUAUCCCCUUCUGUGAGGCAGUCCUGGAUCUGCACUCCUGCGCCUGCAACGACACCAACUCCUGUAAAGUGUGUUGUCGCAGCACCAAAGGAGUGUGCGCUCCCUACCAGGAUGACAAGGAAAACUUUGUGUACCUCCGCAAGGGCAAACCCUGCUCUGUGGGGUUCUGCGACGGAGCGGGAAAGUGUAUGAAGGAGAUCCAGGAUGUCAUCGAGAGGCUGUGGGAUUUCAUCGACAAGCUGGACAUCAACACUUUCGGGAAGUUUCUGGCCGACAACAUUGUGGGCUCAGUGGUGGUCUUCUCGCUCGUCUUCUGGGUCCCCCUCAGUAUCCUGGUCCACUAUGUGGACAAGAAACUCGACGUGCGGUAUGAACAGAACACCAAAUCCAUGUUCUUCUCAAGUAAUGCAGAGCUGUUGAGCAGCCUGGACUCAUCCUCAGUGAGGAUCUUCAAGCCCUCUGUUCUCUCAGCUGCCAUGCGCUUCCAGGCCUCCGGCCCCCAGCAGACCAGCACACCCCCAAUCUCACCCCCAAUCUCAGCCCCAGCCCUGGCCCCAGCUGCAGGUCCUGCCACUGCCCCAGCCUCCAUCCCCAGCCCAGGCUCCAACCAGCCUCCCAUGGACAGCCCCCGCAUGGCCACCAUCCAGGAGGACCCCAGCUUCGACUCCCACCUGGACACUGAGGUCCUGACAGCCUUCCCCCUGCCUAAGGGCUCCACCUCACGCUCCUUUGAGGACCUGACUGCACGUCCGCUGGCACGCAGCGACAAGGCCAUGUCCUUCAGACUGCAGAGGCAAGCACGCCUCAACAGCAAGGAGACCGAGUGCUGAAUGAGAAGGCGAAAGAAAGCGAUGGAUGUGUGUGUGUGUGUAUGUGUGUGUGUGUGCGUGUGUAUGUAUGUGGAGGAGGGAGUGGGUAGAGAGAGAAAAUAACUAGAGAGGAGGAAGAGAGUGUGGGGAGCUGAAGAAGAGGCCCCUAACUAGAACAAGCUGGACUUGUGUAUUAUCUAAUAUGUGGGAUGACAAUUACGUAAUGAUUAAUGUUGAGUUUGACAUCAUGCAUUGUAAAUUGAAAACAUACCCAUAGGGCUAUGUGUAUUGGGUUAUAAGCCAUAUAUGGUCAUAUCUGAAGAUCCCAUCCUGUUCCUCCACACACAAUCACAGAAAUACGACCAGCUCUCUUAAACACCAGCUGGGUGUCCAGCUUUGGGUGUUAUUUCCUUAUUUGAGCGUAAACACCACCUGACCUCUGGGGACUGGUUUAAACCCAGUGGGACAAACAAGGUGUCUAACAUGAUAUGCUGUAACAAGCCACUAGAACCAGUAUUGCUCAACAUUUCCUGGUAAGUUUGGAAACCGCAGCUGCAGUCAGCAUAACGUUGAGUUAACGCCACAUGCUGAAUGUUACAAGGGUGGGCAUUUUGUUUUGUUUUCGAGACAAUUUACAGUCUUUGAGAAUGACUUCUGACAAUCAGAAACUUUGCAAAUGUAUCUCUACUGUUGUGACAGCCUCAUGCAACUGACCACUCCUCACUGUUGAUAGUGCCUUAUGUUUUUUUGUUGUAUGAAAUACUGAUUUGUAUGUACUUCUUAUCAUGUAAUUUGCCAUACAUUGGGAUUUCCUAUAUGAAUGCAUAUAGUCAUUUACCACAUUUUGUGAUGUGUUCUCAAUUGCCAUACAUAGUGAUGUAUGAGUUUUGUCAUUUGCCAUUGUUCAUGUGUUGUCAUAUACCAUACAUGUGUAUGUAUACAUCAUUAUAUUUGUCUUACAUUGUGAUGUCAUGUGACAUACACAUAGCACUUCCUUUGUCUGAGCUAGCUGUGUUGAGAGCAGACUAGCCCACUGACGUGUCUCUGCACCUCUGCACUGUCCUGAAGCACCUCUGCACUAAAGCACAGGGUCAUUUUUAACUCCUGCCACUUCCUUACACUUGUGAUGUCCUUUUUAUGGUGUUAACUGUCUGUGUCAAAAAUUUGCUGAAUGAAACUGAUGUCUCGUGACUGCGCAGUUUUACCUCACUGAGAAAACUGAAAUAAAUAAGCACAAACA